AUGUUUUCAUUGGGUAAUGGACAGGGUUUCAGUGAGUUCGACAUUGACGACUUUGACUGCAAUGGAUACUCGAUGGAUUCAAGGAUUGAGACGCAGAAAAGGAUACUGGAAUCGAUCAGAGCUGAGAUUCACACACAAGCACGAGAGCUCGAUCAGAUCACGACAAAGUACGACACUCUAUCGAAAUCGAUCGUCGAUAAAAAAAAUGAACUCGACGGAAUUGAGCUCGAGAUCGAGGUGGCUCGUCGAGAGUUGCAUGAUUGGAGCGAUAAACGAAAUGUUCGCGUCUCGUUGCCCCAUUCACCGCUCGAGACACCGAAAUUGGAGAAAAUCGCUCACAGUCUUUCAAGUCAAUCAUUUCAUUCAUUGGAAGAAGCUGUAGAUUUUAGCCGUUGCUCGAUCACAAAAUUCUUACGGAUUUACGUUUACCCACUCACCAUCGAAUCUCCAUUGAUAAAACGAUAUUUUGAUGAGUUAACGAAGCUGGAUGCGUACACAAAUGAUCCACAAAUCGCUUGCUUUUAUGUGAUUUUGAUUGAAAAUGAUUUGAAAGAAGAAAGUUACGAAUUUUGGAAUGGUGAUGGGAGAAAUCAUUUGGUAAUCAAUGUUGGAAAGAAAUGGCUACAAGAACAACGAAAUGCAGCAGUAUUGGUGCAAGGGUUCAGUCAAUCCAGCAAUCGCCUAUUGCGGCUGGUUCACUUGGACGUGCCAGAAGUCUUCGAUUGGUCUAUUCAUCCCCCAUUGCAGCCCUACAAUCGAAAAUUCUUGCUAAACAUGUUUUCAACAAGUCAAACGCUUAGUAAAAGUCUUUUAACACUUGAAGAAUCGACUAAAAACUCAAUGGAUAAUGUGGUUUUGUUUGAUUGCACGAGGAAUCCGAGCGCUUGUCAGGAUAAAGAAUUGAGAGAACAAACGAUUGAGACAUCAAUUUUCACGAUUUUGAAUUUAAAUGAGAAUUUCUAUGAGGAACUUUGGGCGACUCUUUCAAAAGGAUCCAUUCCAGUGGUGCUCUCAUUAGAUGUUCGGUUACCAUUUGAAGACUGUAUCGAUUGGAGAGAAGUCACCAUUCGAAUCCCGAUCUCUCGUUUCCCUGAGAUUCACUUUAUCUUGCGAUCGAUUCCCACAAAAGAGGUGAUUCAAUUGCGAUUGAAUGGGAGAAAGACUUUUGAGCACUACAUUGGGAACAUUAAGGCUAUUUGUUCAACGAUUCUCGCUUGUUUGGCGAAUCAAUUGAUGUUACCACCAUUACCAGCUAGACAAGAAAGAUCAAUUCCUCUAUUUGGGGAGGGCUAUUCGGCACCAUAUCAAAUCCCAAUCAAUCAACCGAAUCGAUUAGCGGAAGAGGAAUAUUUGGGUCCGUUGGAGGGUCGAAUCGAAUCGCCGAAAUUCGAGCAUAAUUUCACGUCGAUUCAACUGUAUGCCAAAGAUGUUUGGUCUUGUGGUUUAUCGCCAUUGCACGCGCCUGAGUUCUUGCCAUUUAGUGUCAGUCUACCGUAUUUGAAAAUCACCGACGUCGACACUGGAUUGGGACUUCGACCAAUAGCUCCUGGCUCCGGCAAAGAAUUUAAAGAGGCGCUUGGCGGGAAUUAUGGAAGAGAGGAUUUUACAAUUGUAAUACCCACCUACAAUCGGGACAAUGUUUUGGAGGAGACGUUGAAGAAAUUGCAUCGUUUGAAGAAUCUCAAUAAAGUAGUGGUGAUCUGGAACUCGGUUGAUAGAGAACCUCCAACCUCUUGGCCACUUCUACAUGUGCCUGUCGAAUUCAUCAAACCAAACAAGAACAGUCUCAACAAUCGCUUCAUGCCUUGGGACCGAAUCAAUACAGAGGCUGUGCUGUCAAUGGAUGAUGACAUCGAUAUUCGAAAAGACGAGAUCGACUUGGCUUUUCGAAUAUGGAGAGAAAACCGAGAUCGAAUCGUUGGAUUCCCGGCUCGUUUCCACGCAGAAUUCGGCGACAAUCUGUUUUACAACAGCAACAAGACAUGUCAAUACAGCAUGAUCUUGACAGGAUACGCUUUUCUGAAUAAGGCUUAUCUACACAUGUAUUCGAAAAUGAUGCACGAAGAUGUGAGGAGACAUGUGGAUGAAGUGAUGAAUUGCGAGGAUAUAGCCAUGAAUUUCUUGGUCUCUUCGAUCACGCAAAAGCCGCCGCUUAAAGUGACCACAAAGUGGACGUUGAGAUGUCCAAAUUGCAGUGAAAAGCUUUCCGACGACGAGUCUCAUUUCAACGAACGACACGAGUGCAUAAGACUUUUUACAAAAAUCUUUGGUUACAAUCCAUUAAAAAAUUCCCAAUAUCGAGCCGAUUCGGUGCUUUUCAAGACACGGGUUGAGGGAACCGCUCAAAAAUGUUACAAUGCUGUG